GACAUGUGACCAAGGCUAUGUUCAGGUGGGCACGCCCCCUUGGUGCUGGACAUGACCCCUUGGGGGCCAACCAUGUUCUCCUCCUUUUUGGUUUCCAAAAUAUGAUCACCCUAUACCAGGAGAAAGGCCUUCUCUGCUGUGGCACCCCGGCUGUGGAAUGAGUUCCCUAGAGAAGUUCACCUGGUACCUAUGUUAUACACUUUUCGACGCCAGGGCUGUGUUGUGAAUUUACAAUGUUUGGGGACUUAUUUGAUGAAGACUUCUCCUUUUUGUCAAACAAUCAACGUGGGAAACCCACGUCAAGCCUGAAAGAUGCUGAGCCCCCAGUUCCCAGGGAAAACACCAAUUUAAGUGGAAUAAAAAACCAGGGUGGAACCUGCUAUCUUAACUCACUUCUUCAAACCUUGCUCUUCACACCAGAAUUUAGAGAUGCAUUGUUUUCCAUAGGCCCUGAAGAACUUGGUUCUUUGGAGGACAGCAAUAAGCCUGAGUCAAAGGUUCGAAUAAUCCCAUUACAGCUGCAACGGUUGUUUGCCCAGCUUUUGCUCUUAGAUCAACAUGCUGCAUCCACAACAGACCUCACUGAUAGUUUUGGAUGGAGUAGUAACGAGGAAAUGAGGCAACAUGAUGUCCAGGAGUUAAAUCGGAUUCUAUUCAGUGCUUUAGAAACCUCCCUUGUGGGGACUUCUGGCCAUAACCUUAUAAACCAGCUAUACCAUGGGACAGUUGUUAAUCAGGUUGUUUGCAAAGAGUGCAAGAAUGUCAGUGAGAGACAGGAAGAUUUCUUGGACUUAACAGUUGCUGUCAAGGAUGUAUCUGGUUUGGAAGAAGCCUUGUGGAAUAUGUAUGUGGAAGAAGAACAUUUUGAGAGAGAGAAUCUGUAUCGAUGUGGAGCAUGCGAUAAACUGGUUGAAGCCACAAAGUCCGCUAAACUACGCAAGUUGCCUCCAUUUCUCACGGUCUCCCUCUUGAGAUUUAACUUCAACUUUGAGAAAUGCGAAAGAUACAAGGAGACAAGCUGCUAUACCUUCCCAGUCCGGAUAAACCUCCAGCCUUUUUGUGAGCAGACUCAGUUGGAUGAUUUGGAAUAUAUGUAUGAGCUCUUUUCUGUUAUAAUACACAAAGGUGGCUGCUAUGGAGGACAUUAUCAUGUUUAUAUCAGAGAUAUUGAUGAACUGGGAAACUGGCACAUGCUAGAGGAAGACAACAUGAAUGAUGAAGAAAGGAAUUUGAAAGAUAUUGAAAAUGCUGAAGAACAGGAAAAUCCAAUAACAAUACUGAAAAACAUCUUAUCGGAGGAAGAAUCUAAGGAAAUUGCUGUGGACCGGUUGGCACAGAAAUUUUUGGAGAAAAAAAGUGUGUCCUGGAACAAGAAAUACCGUAAGCAGUAUGGACCAAUACGGAAGUAUUUGCAGAGCCAUUCUCAAGCAUUUCUUCUCAGUUCUGAUGAAAGCAAGGUUAGGCUGAAUGACCAAAGCCAUAAACAUCAUUAUGGAUCAGCAUCCCCAAGCCACAUUCAGAAAGAUGAUGGGAAGAUACCAUUGGAAAAAGUAUCAACAGGCUUAAAGGAACAUUCUUCUGAAUCUCAUUGGUUUGAUUUGAAUGACUCCAAAGUUCAGCCAAUCAAAGAGAGAGAUAUUGAGAAGCAGUUUCAGGGUAAUGAAAGUGCCUACAUGUUGUUCUAUCGAAAAUCCCAAAUGACACGACCGUCUGAAGCUCGAGGAAAUCCAAGAUACCAGGUCCCCAGCUACCUCUUGAAUGAAAUGGAUGCUGCUAAUAUCAAUCUGCAGAAGAAGAGGGCAGAAUGUGUCUUGGCAGUUAAUAAUAUUGAUUUGCACCUCCAUAUAUAUUCUCACUAUAAAUUUUACAAUGGGGCUCUACACCCAUUACUUUCCUGGAAGGAAAGUGUUUUGCAUCUUACCAUCGAUAAGAGAAAAACACUGGGAAAUCUUCGACAAUCAGUAUUCCAGAUAUUGGAAUUUUGGGAAGGAGACCUGGUUCUCAGCCUUGCAAAAUCUCUUCCAGCUGGAUUGCAUAUAUACCAAGUACUUGAAGGUGAUGAUUCUUCAUUGAGUAACACUGGACUUGUUGAUGGAGCAGAUAUAUUUGUGUGGAAUGGAAAAGAGGUUGAUGGAGUGGAGGUUCAGAUUGGCAUUGACCAUGAACCUGUUCUCAUAAAUGUUCUUCGUUUAGCUGGACAUAAUGAAGGGCGAAAAGGACAACAAUUUAUGGAAUCCCAGCAUGUAUUUUCAUGUAGUUCAAGCCUGGGAAUUGUUCAUGAUGCUUUAACGUCACCUAAAGGGAUUAUCUUAAAGAACCAUUCAGGGUCUAAUAAAGAAGCUGAGAACUGGAAAGUCAUUCCUGAAGAAGAUAUGAAGAAGACUCUCAGGAAUGUUGGCCUUACCGAUGGAAGCUCAAUACUGGUGUUAGAUAGCCAUGACCAAAGCAUGGUGAAUGUGGCAGGCGGCAAUUUGACUGCUUUUACGCAUGAUAUCAGCUGGUUACAAGUAAAAAAUUUCUGUAGUUUGGAGGCUGAAGAGAUGCAAGUUAAAAUUACUGCAACUAUUGAAACAGUGAUGGCAGAUAUCAAAAUUAAAGCAAUAGAGGAAAUGCAGUUGGACAAGGAGCUAGUAAACAUUAGCUGUCUCAGACCCAUUAGCAAAAAUGGAAAACUUCUCUGUCCAGUUCCCGAGGAUUAUACUGUUAAAGAAGCAGAGCUGAAAAUGGGAAGCUUGCUAGGACUAUGCCCUGGAAAAGCUCCAACAGCCACUCAGCUGUUCUUGCAUUUUAUUGUGGGCCAUGACCUUCAAUGUAGUCCAGAGAUGGAGAUAGUGUUGGAGGAAAUGAGUACUGUAAGAGAGUGUCUAAACUUAAUGCUUAAAAAAUCUGGUUUAGCAGGCGAUAGCUGGCAUUUAAGAAAGAUUGAUUGGUGUUAUGAAGUUGGGGAGGCAUUACAUGAGGAAGGUGCCACACUAAAAGAACUUAAUAUCUGCAGUGGAGACACUUUGAAUGUUUCCAAGGGCAAACUUCCACCAAAGGGAUUCUUGAAAGUGCCUGUCUGGUGGUAUAAACCUUUCUCUCAGCUGCAGUGCAGAAGGAACAUUCCAGAUCAAGUGAAUUGCAUUAGCAAAAAAGUAGGGGCUCUGGGACUCUCUGCAUCUGGAGAUUUGCCAACAUUUCUACAAAGUGAAGUUGACCUAUGUUAUGUGGGUGAUAUAGAAAUCUCAGGAGAAGCUUUCCUGGAAGAUUUGAAGAUGCAGGUGAUGACUUUGCCAUCCUUUCAAGAGUUUAGUAUUCCAUUACCAGAGUUUCUCCGAGUUUGGGCAAUGGAAAAUAAGCGGCCGGUCAAAGUCUUACGAAACAACAAGGAGCAACUCUAUAAACUCAAACUAGGAAACAGUAUGGAAGUGUGUGUAGAGCCUUUACAUAAGGAAGAGAAUCUUGGACCAAAGGAUUUGCUUCUGUGGAUGCUGAUGCGCAUACCAGGGGAGAGAGACUAUUACCAUCCUGUGGAUUUGGCAUGGGAUAUCUCCAAAGACUGUACAGCAUCUGCACUGAGACAAAGGAUUGCUGCAUAUUAUUCCUUACCAGUGGAGAACAUUGAAAUUGCUAAAUAUUCUCCUGGAAAGUUUGAAUGGAUGCCAAUAUGUAGUUGGACACAGCAAGUUUCAAAGAAGAAAAAGAAGAAGAAAAGUGACAGCUUACAGUUGAGCCCCUACAGUCUGAAGGAUGGAGAUAUUAUUGGUGUGAAGAAUCUCCUACUUGAUGACAGUAAGGACUUUAGUACCAUAAAAGAUGACAUUGGAAAACAAAUGCAAAGGCAACUUACUCAGGAAAAAACAAGUCAUCAAACUGACUGUACACAGAAUGAUCGUUCCCAUGGAAAAAAGAUGGCUAAGAAUCAUAAACCUGAAACAGCACUCUCCAUCAGUGUAGGAGCUUUCAGCUGACUAACUGGGACUGGACAAACUUCACCAGUAUCUUACUGAACUAUAGUGGAAUUGCCUCAGUUGAACUAGCCAAGGAAUAGUCUUCCCUGACACAUCUUUGAUGGACAACUGGCAAUGGCUGAAGAUGGUUUGGGUCUCCCUGUAUUGUGGGAAAGUGCUUUAGUCCUGUUAUAGUUUCAGCACUUACUCUCAGGGUGGGUAUCUGCACUUUAUUAAUGAGAAUACAUAUCAAUAGCUUGAUCUCUCAACCAUUAUUUUGUAAGAGUAACGUGCUUUAAUCUGAUUAUGUGCCACAUCAUCACCACAAGGUUUUCCCCUCCUAGACGUAUGUAUGUUGGAGAAGAAUUGGAGGGCUGCUUUUUGUAUUACAUUUUGAAGGUGGGAGUGUCCUUUGAAAAUGAUGCUUUACAAGGUGCCCUACCGUCUACAGCCAGUUUUCGAGAGGAGAAAGGGUGAUUGAUAACACACACACAUCCCUAUGCAGAGGGGUUUUAGGCAUAGAUCCAAUGUUUUCUCUCAUUCUUGGAUUACCAUAUAUUUGGUUCAGGCUGUUCUCUAUUUAUUCACUAUGUGUAGUGGGUGGUGAGAUCAUGCCUUUUGUCCCACUAAUCUAGACAUGCCUGUCCAAACAGAUAUCUGUGUGUGGGUGCAAUGUUUGAAUAUAGCUUGUAUGAAUAGGCCUGGACAGUACUAUCAAUAUCCCAGAUAAAAUCUGGAAAUUGAUGGUGUGGUCUGGGCCUCGGCAUGUUGCGUGUUAUGAAUGUAUACUCUUCUCAAACAUUAGACAUCAGAGGUGGGAUAGGUGCAUUGUGUGGACAAUGGAGGAAGAUGUUAUCUUACUCUUCCCCCCCCCCCACACACACACACAUAGAAGAUUGGAAGAGGGCAUCAUCUGAACCAGGCCUUUGUGUGAUUAGGUUUGUUCUACCAAAAUUCAAUAUAAUCCUAUAUAAACAACAUUGGGCUGGAUCCAGAGUCACCCUCAACGAACAGAAGUGUGGAGGGAACCAGGAUUCAGCAGAGACUCCCUGUUGUGGGAAGGGCAUGAGCCAGCGAUUUUCACUUAUUCCUCACUGCAUAAACUUAAACAGUAUUCUGGAGGUUCCUGCAGAGAAUUUUGAGGGGAAAUGAGGCUGCAAGAGGAAGGGGGAAUCAGGGGGGGAAACGCAGGGGGGGGCAUGUUUGGGAUCAUCAAAUAUGCAGAGUUCACCUUUAUACAACUGCAUCUAUCCCAUAAAGUUAAGAAAAGUGUUGUGCUACCAAAGUGAACAAAUGGAGAUGGAAAACUAGGAAACAGAAAAGGAGAAUAGUUAUUAUAAGGAUUCUGUUAACCUUUGCAUAUCAUUUCUUAAGCAGCAGCUAGCCUACAUGUUUCAUAUGCAUUUUGUUUAUGUAAAUUACAGAAACAUCUUUGAGGCAACAUAUUUUUUGUGUGUGUCAGUAGCUCCCUAUCUCCAUGGCUCAUUUCCCAAAAGUAUUUUUCCCAACACAUACUGUACAUUGACAUUAUUUAUGCUCUAAUAUGAAUUCUAUUGAAUAGAGCAUUUAACUUUACAGUGGGUAUUUGCAGGGAUACUUUGUGUAAAUGGGCCAUUAAAAGAGGUUACGGAGAGUAUGUAAAUGGAAGAGAGAAGUAAAGGGUGAUGAGUGGGAGCGCAGGAUGGACAGGAAAAGGAAAGUGUUAGUACAUUUAUUACCAAGAUUUCAGUUUACUGAGAGAAGGUGGUAACUGUUUGCAAGUUAUUCCUGUGCAUUAGAUAUUUGGGGUAUUUUGCUGUUUUUAUUCUUUUUAACUAAAGCAUAUAAUUUGAAAGGAAUUUAUCAUCUAGGCAAAUAUGACAUAAGAUUACUUUUAUCUGGUUCACAUAAUAGUGUCCCAAGAAGGAAAUUCCAUAUAUUUCUCUACUAAAACGUUCAAACAAUUUUUAGAGCCAAAUAGGAGAACUGCAUCUAGGAUAAAAUUCAUUCUUAAUGUAGUGAUCACUUGGCAAGUUCUAUCGGUUCAGUGCUCUUUUCCUACUAUGGAAUCCUGUUGCCUCACAUGAAGAAAAAUGUACUCAUGCUGUCACAAAAGGCUGCUAGUUGAAGAAUCUGGAAGUACCCUCAUAAAGAAAUCCUGUGGGUUUUGUUUUUGCUUUGGGAAUAAUUAAGUUAUUUGAUUAACAUGAUGCUUAACAUUUUUUUUACAUAUUCAAAAAGUUAUGUGCCUUUAAUAAAAGAUAAUACAGCAUUAGCUGCUGCAAGCCAAAACCAGGCUAUUUGUGAUUAUUUUGUUACAAAAUUAUGAGACAUUCUAUAAUUAAAACAUUUUGUUAAAAGUACCUUUAGAGUGGGACAUUCAGGGUUCCACAGUUCUGCUUGUAUUUCAUUGCAAG